AUGCAGGGUGUUGUCAAGUCUGUUCCAGAUGCUGUCGGUGGUGAACCCCUAAACAGACUAGGAAAGUCCCUAUCAUUACCAAGGGGUCCCACUCUGGGCACCAACAUACAGUUGAGCUCAUUGGAUAAAGUUUUAUUCCAAUAUUUUAUUCACAAAGCUUCAUAUUCUAUUACAGCCUUUGGGCACGAUGCAUUGCGAGUCCGUGAAAUACUCAUCCGCAUAUCACUCGCCGACACAUCUCCCUCAUCAACAGCAGUUCUCAAGUCAGCCCUUGCUCUAGCAUCUUUUCAUCGCCAUGAUGCGCUACAAAGCACAUCUCGAUAUAAAGUCGCUGCGUUACAAAAGUUGGCUGAGUCCACGCAAGGUCCCAUUGGCAUCACCGAAUCAGCUUGCCAUGUUGCAGCCGGGAUCGUUCUCUGUACACUUGAGGUUCAUCAAAACUCAAUGAAGUCAAGCCACUGGCUGUGGUAUGCUUGCGGCGCCACAAAAAUUGUUAAAAAUGGGGGUUUAGAUGAGAUGGAGCAAGAUGCGGACAUUACUGCUCUCGUAGGUUGGGUGCACUACUGCGGUACUAUUUCCAGGUUUAGUCUGCGGCACUGGCAACCGAAUGUUACUCUUGACCAGAUCAAGGGGUCUGAUAUUGGCUUUGAGACAUUCCAUCCUGCUGUGUGCGGCCAAGGCCAGCCUGAAAGUCUAAGUGGGAAACCUCACGAGAUACUCUAUCUAUUAUCAGAGGUCUUUAAUACUGUGGUAGCAUCCUCUGAUCCACUUCACAACACAGAGACUUACAGGAAGCAACUUCACGCCCUUGACUUUCAACUUCAGAGCCUUGCCGAAAGGGCUAACCAUGAACAUAAUGCGACGGGCAAAGCAAAUCCCAUAUUCGACCUGGUGGUCGAGUUAUACAGAUUAGCCACUCUGAUCUACCUCCGUCGCGCCUCGUCAGGUGUCCUGACGACUGAUCAGAGGUUCCCAGGUUGGGUGGACCAAGCUUUCGCAUUGCUUAGCCAGCUUCCAGCCUGUCAAUGGCCCUUUCCUCUGCUGAUAUUUGGCUGUGAGGCACAGACUGAAGAACAGAGAAUAACCAUCCUCGACAUUAUGCAAAGAACAAUACAGAAUGGGCAGCAUAGGAAUAUUACUACGACGGAACAAGUUAUUAAAACAGUCUGGAGCCAGAGCGAUUUAGUCUCGGGGGACUUGGACUACGUCCACAAGCUGGGGAUUAUUCUUAGCUCUACUCAAAGAUCUGUGCCGGCAUUUAUAUAG